AGGGAUUGGCAGAGAGGGAUGGAGGACACUGAGUGGAGGCCAGUGUGGAGGGAUUGGCAGAGAGGGGUGGAGGACACUGAGUGGAGGCCAGUGGAGGGAUUGGCAGAGAGGGGUUGGAGGACACUGAAUGGAGGCCAGUGGAGGGAAUUGGCAGAGAGGGAUGGAGGGACACUGAAUGGAGGCCUAUGGAGGGAUUGGCAGAGAGGGAUUGGAGGUGACACUGAGUGGAGGCCAGUGGAGGGAUUGGGCAGAGAGGGAAGGAGGACACUGAGUGGAGGCCAGUGGAGGGAUUGGCAGAGAGGGGUGGAGGACACUGAGUGGAGGCCAGUGGAGGGAUUGGCAGAGAGGGGUGGAGGACACUGAGUGGAGGCCAGUGGAGGGAUUGGCAGAGAGGGAUGGAGGACACUGAGUGGAGGGAUUUUGGCAGAGAGGGAUGGCAGAUAUGGAAUGGUUGCCAGCGAUUAGGUUGGCCAAUGAGGAGGGGAGUUACAAUAGUCAAGGCGAGAG